AUGGCAAUCACUUAUGCCAAACAGCGGGAAUACAUCAACGCAAAGCCUUCCCCAAGCAUUCUGGAUAUAUGGAAAAAAAGGGUAAAAGGUAAAAGACUCCUGGAUUUCUUCAGUAGUCAGAUUACAAAGUGGAGGAAAGAAGUAAGAGCUGUUCUGAAGGAAGCCAUAAAGAAGGACCGAGAAGGAUCUGAUGGCCUAGCAGCGAUGCUUGUGAUGUUGGCACACUUCAAAGAGCAAGAGGAGUCACUUUUUCUCAUUGCUGAUGAGACUACCACUCCCGCAGACGCAGAGGCCCAGCUGUCUCUCCCAGUCACUCCAAGGAUCAUCAUGCUCGGAGAGACAAUACUGACUGCAAAAAAAUGGAUGCUGUCGAUCGAGGGGAAGGUCGUAAUCCCACCUGGUGCUCACAUGGCAGACUUCACCACUGCCUUGGCCGCUCUCUUCGCCUGUUACUAUGUAUUCAACCUAGAGUAUCAGGUGGAAGCCAGCACAACACUGGAGUUUGUUCAGAGGGCUCCAACUAGGAUUCUAGGUCUCCAAGGUCAGGGCAUGCAAGAGGCCAUAGUGGCAGGGGAAGUUUAUUUUCCUUUCUGUUUUAAAUGUUGAUGCAAAUGUUAAAUAUUUAAUUUUUUUUUAAUGUUCAAUAUUUUAUUUUAUUUCAGUAUUGCCAUAGUGUUAUUUAUUACUCUUUAGAAUGUGGUAAUAAUCAGUUAUUUGCACAGCUUCAAAGUAGUUAAAUUUUUUGACCAUGUUGUAUCAAUUUGCGUUAUUGUUCUGCCAUAGCAACCAGUCAUGUGGAACUAGUGAAUGAACUAGUAACAGUUUGCUCUGUAACUUUACAAAACUUGUAAUGAAAUAGCCUCGUUUUGUAAAAUUUUCUUAAGUCAGUAAUUAAAUUUAGCAACAGUAGAAUACGCAGAUAAUAGACUUCACGCCAUUAAAAAUUACAAACACAGAAUGUUCGUUAACUUUGGAUGGCAUAAUGGCAUGUUGUCCAAUGUCAAUUAUCCCUUUAUGUUGUACCUGUUUUGUCAUUCCUGUUCACCAAAUGUUUUUAAAUAAACAACUGUUAACAAUU